AUGUCACCAUCCAAACAACAAUCUCAGCAACAAGCACCAUCUCCACCAACAUUGACCGUUUUAUCUUCCAUGUCCUUUUCUUCCUCUUCCGAAUAUAUUCGUCAUUUAAUUACAAAAGCAGAAAUUAAAUUUGUCAUGAAAAAAGAUCCAUCGAAUUCAUUUUCUUAUUAUUUAAAAGCAGCAGAAGAUAUUAUUCAAUCUGCCAAUUCCUAUAAACAAGAAAACAAAAAUGAAGAAUCAUUUAUUCUCUUCACUCGAUUUAUUAAUUUAUUUGUAAAUAUUAUUCAAAAGGAACAUGUCCAAGUGAGAGAUCAAAUGAUUUAUAAAGAAAGAUUUAAUAAUUUAAAGAAAUAUGCAUCCUAUGCGAUGGAUCAAUGUGAACUUUUAAAAAAGAAAUUACAAGAAAAUUAUCAAGAUUGGUAUCACCAAGAUCAACUACCAUCCUCCUCACAUCAAAUGACUCCAUCACUUGAAAUAACACCACCACCAUCACAUCGAAUGACUAGUAGUAGUCUUGAGUAUACUAUUAGUACGAUUCGAACUCCUCCUUCAAAAAAUACUCCUUGUACGUUUGGUUUUACUCAAAAGAAUCUUGUGACUCCUUCCACACAACAACCAAAACAACCAAAACAACAACAACAACAAGAUUGUUUGGAACAAAACACCACCACAGAACUCCUUCCAAUACGAAUUCACUCUUCACUCAUUCAACAAUUUUUACAAAUUUCUCACUCUCAUUCUCAACAGAAUUUAGAAUUUUGUGGAAUACUUGCUGGAUCUUUGUUCACCCUUCAUGAACAUUCCUAUUAUCAAAUUUCACAUUGUUUCAUUCCAAAACAAUCAUGUACUUUUGAUAGUUGUAAAGCUCUCAAUGAAAUUACUGUAUUCAACAAACAAGAAGAAUUAGGAUUAAUUACAUUGGGUUGGAUUCAUACACAUCCUACACAAGAUGCAUUUCUUUCAACUAUAGAUAUGAAAACUCAAUAUGGAUAUCAAUGUGGAUUAAAGGAAGCCAUUGCGAUUGUUUGUGCACCACGAGCCAAAAGAACACCUUCGAUGGGAAUAUUUAGAAUUACUGAUGAAUAUUCCAUUAAAUCUAGGAGAGGAAUUGGAGUGGUGAAUGGAAUGGAAUGUAUUCGACAAAAAUUUAGAGAAAAUAUUGAAUGGGGAAAUCAACAUGAAAUUGUAAAUGACAAGUGGUUUGAAGAAUGUUCUCAUGUGCAUUUGAUACAAGAUGAGAGUGAAUGGCACAUGGUGGAUUUGAGAGGCUCUCGCUCUCAGAACCACCAAAAAGAAGAAGAAGAUCAAGCCUCUUCCUCAUCCUCCUCUUCAUCAUCAUCGGAACAAGUCGUUGAAGUUUCUGAAGAGGAACAAACACUUGAUCAACAAGCCUUGAAAUUAUGCGAACAUGCACUAGCUGGUCCUAUUACUUUUCAUAUUCAUACUUGUUAUGUAGAACCAAUUCCAUUACAUUUCAAUGAUAUCAAUGGAAUGACAUGUUUGGAAUUUUACAAUCAAGUCAUGAUGAAAUUGGAGAAGGAAUACAAGGAGGAGAUGGAAGAGAAUGAACCAUCUUCCAGUAAUAAGAAUCCUAGUAGUAGUAGUAGUUGUAGUAGUAGUAACAGCAACAACAGCAACAACAACAACAGUAAUGAUGCUAGCAUUUGGAAUCAAUCUCACGAUCGUUCAUCUCCAUGGAGCAUUCAAUUAUUUUUGAAAGAUAUUUGCAUCAAUGAUUAUAUUCACGACAACAACAAGACACUUCUCAUAGAAAAUGAACAUGAUAUCAUCCAAUCAUUAUCCAAUGAAAAACCAUUAAGAGAAUUCAUUUCUGAAUCUCUUUUAAAAAUUGAACAAAAUGUCUUUGAUUUACAAGUAUUGUAUCAAGAUCAUCCUCCUCAAUCUUUAGAAUUACAAUUACCAUUGCAUGUUAAAAAUAGAAAAACUCAGUCCAUUGUUGAUCAAAUUGAACAAUUCAUGUCAUUGCCCUACGAUUCAACAAAACCCAUGCACCACACUCCACAAUUAUCCUCUUAUAAUUUUUCAACUGAAAUGAGUGUAUUGGAUCGAAAGUUUAUUCAUGCCAUUUCAUCACUGUAUGGAGUUUAUCACAAGAGUGAAGGUAAUGCCAAUCAGAGAUUUAUUAAAAUCUCAAAAGAGAGUAGUCUCUCACUUGCAAAAAAGAAAAAACGUAAAGAACCAAAUUUUCCAAGCGGAAUGAGUACAGUGAUUGAAGACUUUCUAUAUUUGGGAUCUGGGUUGGAUGCCAAUGAUGAAAUUCAAAUCAAAUUGAAUCAAAUUGAAUGCAUUCUCAAUGUCACUAAAGAAUGGCCAAUUGGUAAAUCGAUUCCAUCCUAUAUUGAGUAUAAAAGAAUUGCAUUGAAAGAUGAAAGAGAAGAAUCUAUUUUGCCAUAUUUUGAACAAGCUUUUGAAUUUAUUGAACAAGCAUUGAAAAAGAAGAAGAGAAUUUUAGUUCACUGUGUGAUUGGAAAGUCUCGAAGUGCAUCUUUUGUAUUAGCAUUUCUUAUGAAACAUUUUAAUUUUAAUUUGAAACAAGCAUAUGAUUAUUUAAAGGAAAGAAGAGAAUUAAUUAGACCAAAUGAUGGAUUUAUCAUGCAAUUGAUGGAAUAUGAAUACAAAUUGCAUCAAGGACGAUUUACAAAAGUGAAUAUUCAUAUGGAAGAAAAGGAUGGAACUGUUGAGAAUGUUGUUAUUGAUCCUAAUAAUAAUAAUAAUAGCAUUAGCACUACCAUUAACACCAUCAAUAAUAGCAUCAAUAAUAUUGCUAGCAUCAAUCAUGGUACUGAUAAAGACACCACCAACCAAGUCAUUCAAUCAUCCUCUCCACCACCAAUCCACAUGCCUCGAUACCUUUCAACAUCUUUAGAAUGGGAAUUUAAAGAAACCAAACAAGAGAAGGCAAUAAGAGAAAAGGAAAUGCGAAAAUCAAAACUCAAUGAAGAGGAAGAAGCAGAAUUAGAGAGAACAUUUUUAAAUGAUGAGAAAUUGAGAGAAUUAUUGAACGAAUGUUUUCCUCCUUUAUCAUCCAUACAACAACAACAAGAGGACACUUUGACCACUUGCUGCAUCCAAAUGGAUCACAAUAAGGAUCAUCUGAGAACCUUUUCAAAAUCUCAAGUACAACAAUUUGUCAAGUUUGUGAAUGCUCAUCCUGAUGUCACCAACCAUCCAUUAUUUGCAAAUGCAAAUUUUGUUAAAUUUGUUCACAAUCGAUGUGCCAAAUGGUUUGUUGCUCAAUGUCGACAUUGA